AUGGACGGCGAUGCCAUGGAGAUUGAUGGCUUGCGAGGAGUCAAGCGGAAGGCGGGGGAGGAUGUGGUACCCGAUGCCGCUUCCCGCCGGAUCAAAGCAUUAGACCCAGACGUGGUGAACAAAAUCGCCGCGGGCGAGAUCAUUGUGGCGCCAGUCCACGCCCUGAAGGAGCUGAUUGAAAACGCUGUUGAUGCAGGCUCCACCUCCCUCGAGGUGCUGGUCAAAGACGGCGGCCUGAAGCUGCUUCAGAUCACCGACAACGGCCACGGCAUUGAGAAAGAUGACCUUGCCAUCCUCUGUGAGAGAUUCACCACGUCAAAACUGAAGAAGUUCGAGGAUCUCAGCAACAUCGCCACCUACGGCUUUCGGGGCGAGGCACUCGCCAGCAUCAGCCACAUCGCACAUCUCACAGUCACGACCAAAACAAAGGCCUCGAAUUGUGCUUGGCGAGCUCACUAUGAUGGAGGCAAGCUUUCGCCACCCAAGCCGGGCCAGACCUCUGAUCCAAAACCAACAGCUGGGCGAAACGGAACACAGAUUACCGUCGAGGAUCUGUUCUACAACGUACCUACACGUCGCAGAGCUUUCCGCUCUGCUUCAGACGAGUAUAAUAAGAUCAUUGACAUGGUCGGGCGUUACGCUAUUCACUGCCAAGGCGUCGCCUUCUCCUGUAAGAAGCACGGCGACGCCGGAACCUCCAUCGCUGUACAAGGCGCGACCUCGACGGUCGAUCGGAUACGCCAAAUCCAUGGGGGUGGCGUGGCCAAUGAACUAAUUGACUUCUCUGCGUCGGAUGAGCGCUGGGGUUUCAAAGCUGAAGGAUUGGCAACAAAUGCGAACUACCAUAUCAAGAAGACGACUCUACUUCUAUUCAUCAACCACCGAGCCGUGGAGUCUUCCAAUAUUAAGAAGGCUGUAGAGCAAACUUAUUCGACAUUCCUGCCCAAGAACGGCCACCCGUUCGUUUAUCUCAGCCUGGAGAUCGACCCUCAGAGAGUCGACGUCAACGUGCAUCCCACCAAGCGAGAAGUCAAUUUCCUCAACGAGGACGAGAUCAUACAGGAUAUAUGCGAGAACAUUCGCGACAAGCUUGCGGCUGUAGACACUAGUCGCACCUUUAUGACGCAGACGCUGCUCCCAGGCACCAUCGUUCCCACUGGUUCGCCAAAGCCAGAUGCAGAUGUGCCGCCAUCUAAGAAGUUGGCUGCCAAAGGCAAAAGCACGGUGCGACCAUACGAGAACAACCUUGUACGCACCGACGCAUCCCUCCGCAAGAUCACUAGCAUGUUCCAGCCGGCCAAUAGGGAUAAUCUAGAGGCAUUGGCGCAAGAGGGCGACGUCGAACCGGAAUAUGAGAUCACUGAUCGGGAACCGGUUGCCUGUCGCCUUACCAGUGUGCGAGAGCUCCGUGGCGCAGUCCGCGAUGAUAUGCAUCACACUUUAACGGAGGUCUUCGCGGGCCACACAUUUGUGGGCAUUGUAGAUGAGAGACGGCGCCUCGCUGCCAUGCAGGGAGGGGUGAAGCUGUACCUGGUUGACUAUGGCCGCGCGUGCUUUGAGUACUUCUAUCAAGUUGGCCUGACGGACUUUGGCAACUUUGGCGUGAUUCGAUUCCAGCCCGCCCUCGAUCUGCGCGAGGUGCUGUCCAUUGCCGCUGAGCGUGAGAAAGCCACAGCGGCAGAGGGGGAGUUGGCUGACGAUGACGAUUUCGACGUGGUCGAGGUGGUCGAGACAGUCGCCGCGCAGCUGAUUGAGCGACGUGAGAUGCUGCUCGAAUACUUCAGCCUGGAAGUUUCUCCUGCCGGGGAGCUUCUCAGCAUCCCCUUGCUCGUCAAAGGCUACACGCCAUCGAUGGCCAAGUUGCCACAGUUUCUACUACGUCUGGGACCCCACGUCGACUGGACCGAGGAACAGGCGUGCUUCGACAGCUUCCUGCGCGAGCUGGCGAGCUUCUACGUACCGGAGCAACUGCCCUCCCUGCCGGGAAACGCAGAGCAGCUGGAAGCCGAGGAUGCGCCCGACGAGGUCAAAGCACGCAGGGCCCAUGUCCGGCGAGCGGUGGAGCACGUCUUCUUCCCCGCCUUCAAGUCGCGACUGGUGGCUACGAAGUCGCUCAUGAAUGGAGGUGUUCUAGAGCUGGCUGAUCUGAAAGGGCUGUACCGCGUCUUUGAGCGUUGCUGA